AUGGCUUUUAAACUGUUAGUAAUAGGUUUGAUACAGAUGGCAGUGGCGUCUCAGGCUGCAACUCUACAGGACCUUAUGGUGGCAGACGAUACGAUGUCUCUAGGCUCAUAUAUCAGGCCUGCUAGGUCCCCUGCGCCGGAAGAUUAUCAUAAAUCUUACGAGAACGAAGGAGAUGGUGAAAUCGGGUACUCGCGAAAGAAAACUGGAGGUGGCAAAAAGGGUUACCAGCAUUUUGACUCUUAUCACAAGAAGGCUGGAGACAAUUUCGAGUUUCAGAAACAGGAUUCCUUUGGACAUGACGACGACGGUCAUGCAGGAGCUCACAGCCACCAAAACGAGAAGAAAGUUGAAGCUUAUCGUGAACCAGAAAGUGACGAAGAAGAACGUGAACCAGAACGUGACGAAGAAGAACGUGAACACCAGGAAAACCCAAAGAAAAAAGAUCACGAGAAGUUAAGAGAAGGUCCUAGUAAUGAAGAAGUGGAUGUUGCCGGAUAUGAUAAGGCAGAUUACAGUUUACCAGAAAAGUAUACUUAUGGUACUGGAGAGGAAUAUAACUUUAAGUAA